AUGUCUGCUCAAUCAGGAAUUUCUGCUAGUGAAGAACUAAUCAAUUCUUUCAAAGAAUACGUGGAUGAAAAUCAUUCAAUUCUUCUAGCCACUAUCCGUGAUGAAAAAGUCAACAUUUCAGAUAUUAUUGAAGGUUCAUCUUCUUUAAAGGAUGAUUUUGAAGAGCUAAAAUCCUUAGUCACUGAUUCAGAUCCAAAAUACAUCAUUGUUAAACAUGAUUAUAAUGAAAAGCUAUACACAUUUAUAUCUUUUGUGCCCGAUUAUGCUGCUGUUAAAGAUAAAAUGUUGUAUGCGUCUUCCAAAAACACAUUGAUUAGAUCACUUGGUUCUGAAUUUUUCACCAAUUUGUUGUUUUGGAACUCUGUUGAUGAAGUUGAAUAUGAUAAUUGGAAACAUUCCGUGAAAGAUGACACAACAUCAAAUUCAUUAUCUACAAAAGAAAAAGAGUUACAAGACAUCAAAGAUUUAGAAUUCCAGACUAUUGUUAAUACUUCGACAAAGAAACAGCUAGUUGAUCAUAAAAACGAUUUUUCAUUCAAGUUCAAUUCUAACACCCAAUUAAAUCCUGAAAAUAAUGAAUUAUAUGCUUUGGUCAUUGAUAUCCCUAAGGAAGAAAUUUUUUUAUCAAAUACAACAAAAAUUUCAGAUGCAAAAGAUUUAUUAACUAAAAUUUCUUCAGAAUCUCCACAAUUCAGUAUAGUGAAAUUGAACAAUAAAAUUUACUUCAUAUAUACAUGUCCUUCAGGCUCAAAAGUUAAAGAGCGUAUGAUCUAUGCUUCAAAUAAACAAGGUGUCAUCAAUCAUUUCAAAGAAUCAUUUCCAAUUACAAAAGCUUUGGAAGUGGGUGAUGCUAUUGAGCUUGAAUUAUCAGAAUUUGAUAAUGAAGAAACUGAAACCGCUGAUGAUUCAACAACAUCUAAGCCAAAAUUCAAUAGACCUACAAGACCUGGUCGUAGAAGAUAG